CAGCAGCAGAUGCUUCCUCCUUAGUCCUUAGGACUGAUUCACAGCCUCAACAGUGCGAAAAGGUGCUCCUCCAUAAACCAAACUCUCUCUCCCCUUAUUCUCUUUCUUCAAAAAUUCCACGCCAAAAAAACAAAAGAUUUCUUGUAUUUUAAUUCCUUCUACUCCAGCUAAAUCCCAUUUAAGAUGCACUCAAUUUAGACAGCACCGCCAAAAAAAGCUGUUCAAAAAGACAAUUCUUUGUCAUUUAUGAUUUACACCAAAUCAAAUUUAAACCAAAUACCUUCCUCUUUACAAAAACAAAACACAAAUCAAUACCCAUUUCGCAUUCUUAUACAUUACCAUUACAGUCCCCUUUUUCUUUUCUUUUACUGCCUGCUUAGCAAAAACACCAAAUACCCACUUCAAGAAACAUGAAAUCUGCUUAUGGGGUCACUCUUUUUCUCUUGUUUCUACUCUUUUCAGCUUAUGUCUUCAAUUACAAUGAAGCUACAAGCAUGGCCCAAGUAAAUGGGUCUUCCGAAAUGGUUCCAUUGGUGGAAGAAAAGAUGGCGAAGAUGAUGAUGUUCAAUGAAAGCAGAAGAAAGUUAGGGAGCUUCCAGAUAUGCGCUGUUUGUACAUGCUGUGGUGGAGCUAAAGGUCUUUGCUUGCCAUCUCCUUGUUGCUAUGCUAUCAAUUGCAACAUUCCAAACAGACCUUUUGGAUUCUGUUCUUUCACUCCGAAGACCUGUAAUUGCUUUGGAUGCCAUCUCUAGUUUAAAGCUUUAUUAUAUCUAUAUUUGAUCACUUUCCUUUGUUUUAAUUUAGGAGUUAAAAAGAGCUCUUGAUUCUGUUGGGAGUGUGAAAGGGGAGGAAGAGAAUAUCUGUUUUCUUCAUUUGUUUGUUUAUAAAUUUUAUAAAUUUUAUAGGGGAGGUUGCUAUUUCCAGGAUAGUUUUUUGGCUAUCUCCAGUGGGAUUUGUCUAUAAUUUUUGUUUUUCAAGGAAGUAGCGUUGCCUGGAAAUAGAUAUGCUAAGCAUUAGAGCACGAUAUAUGGAUAAUUAAGGAAACAUUGUCCCUUGUUUAUGAAGCUACUGGGUCUUAUGAUAAGGUUAUUUUUCUUCUGUUAGGAUAUAAAUUAAUGUUAGUGCUCAGUUGGGUGGAAGUGUUACUCAUGACAAAGAUUCAAGAUGUCUAUUAUUUUAAUAUUGUUUUGUUACCUUUUUUAUUUAUAUGUUUAAUGUAUUAGUGGGGUGUAAUGCAGAAUGCAACUUGGAAAAGUGUAAGAGUAUCUUAUUUUAAUGUUAAUUUGUUUUUGGACAGUUUUGUUUA